AUAAAGCAUAUGGUACCAGCAAUAAAACACAGGGCUGGGAAAUUUAAGAAGAUUCUGCUGAACCAGGAAGACACGGUGCCUUCGGUGAUGCUGACACACAUUAUAAAAUGAUAAUCAAUUUAUUUUGGAUUUUAAUGAGUAAAGAGUACAAGGACUAGGACCACAGCUAUUUGAACAGGUACAUGUGACAGCGCCGCAGCGAUGAGUGGAAUUUUAAAGAGGAAGUUUGAAGAAGUUGACGGCUCCUCACCCUGCUCCUCUGUGCGGGAAUCAGAUGAUGACGUUUCCAGCAGUGAAAGUGCUGACAGUGGGGACAGUGUCAAUCCAUCCACCUCUAAUCAUCUCACCCCGUCCUCCAUCCUCAAAAGGGAGAAGCGGCUGAGGACAAAGAAUGUGCAUUUCAGUUGUGUCACCGUCUACUACUUCACCAGGAGGCAAGGCUUCACCAGCGUGCCCAGUCAGGGGGGCAGCACCCUGGGCAUGUCGAGCCGCCACAACAGCGUGCGCCAGUACACGCUGGGCGAGUUCGCCCGCGAGCAGGAGCGGCUGCACCGCGACAUGCUCAGGGAGCACCUGCGCCAGGAAAAGCUAAGCUCGCUGAAGCUGAAGAUGACUAAGAAUGGCACGGUGGAGUCCGAAGAAGCCAGCACUCUCACGGUGGAUGACAUUUCGGAUGAUGAUAUUGAUUUAGACAACACGGAGGUCGAUGAGUACUUCUUUCUACAACCCCUGCCAACAAAAAAGCGCCGAGCACUGCUGAGAGCCUCCGGAGUCAAGAAGAUUGACGUGGAAGAGAAACAUGAGCUGCGAGCCAUCCGCCUGUCGCGUGAGGACUGUGGCUGUGACUGCCGCGUGUUCUGUGACCCAGAAACGUGUACCUGCAGCCUUGCAGGCAUUAAGUGCCAGGUGGAUCGGAUGUCUUUCCCCUGUGGCUGCACUAAAGAAGGAUGUAGCAACACAGCAGGUAGAAUUGAAUUCAAUCCUAUCCGUGUCCGGACUCACUUUUUGCACACAAUCAUGAAACUUGAGCUGGAGAAGAACCACGAGCAGCCGAUCCCCACGCUGAACGGCUGCCACAGCGAGAUAAGUGCCCACAGUAGUGCCAUGGGCGCUGUCUCUCACUCCGUAGAAUAUUCCAUUGCAGACAACUUUGAUCUUGAAACUGAGCCCCAAGCCGCAGUGCUGCACCUGCAGUCUGCUGAGGAAUUAGAUUGCCAAAUUGAGGAGGAAGAAGAGGAGGAGGAGGAGGAGGACGGGAGCAGCUUCUGCAGCGGAGUCACCGAUUCUAGCACGCAGAGCUUGGCGCCCAGUGAGUCGGACGAGGAGGAGGAAGAGGAAGAGGAGGAGGAGGACGAUGACGACGAGAAAGGAGACGGCUUUGUGGAAGGUUUGGGCAGCCACGCUGAAGUUGUCCCCCUUCCUUCGGUCCUUUGCUAUUCUGAUGGCACCGCCGUUCACGAAAGCCACGCGAAAAACGCUUCCUUUUAUGCCAACUCUUCGACUCUCUAUUACCAAAUCGAUAGGCACAUCCCAGGAACUCCUAGCCCGAUCUCAGAAAGCUAUUCGGAACGAGAUACCAUCAAAAACGGUACCCUCUCGCUGGUGCCUUACACCAUGACCCCGGAGCAGUUCGUGGACUAUGCGCGCCAGGCCGAAGAGGCCUACGGCGCCUCCCACUACCCGCCCACCAACCCCUCGGUCAUCGUCUGCUGCUCGUCCUCAGAAAGUGACAGCACUGUGCCCUGCGGUAGUUUAUACCCCGAACACAGGGCCAGUCACCCGCAAGUGGAGUUUCACUCCUACUUGAAAGGCCCCUCCCAGGAAGGCUUUGUGUCUACGUUGAAUGGUGACAGUCACAUCCCCGAGCAUCCUUCUGAAAACCCCCUGAGCCUUGCAGACAAGAGCCGGUUGCACGAAGAGUGCAUGAAGUCACCCGUGGUGGAGACCGUCCCCGUUUAGUAGCUUCAGUUAUUUCUGGGCUCAAUCCCUCCCCUAGCCCCCCCUCCCCAUGGAAGGCGCUGUAUUUAAUUGGAUUGCCUGGGCUUUUCAUCUUUAAACUAUGAAUCACGAAAACUUGGACUGUGGUUAAUGUGCCAGAGUGUGCUUCCUUUUUUCUUUUUUCUUUGUUUCCCUUUCUAGCUACAUAGCUGUGGCGUUGCACAAAUACGGUCUCUAUAAGGAUUUAAAAGAUGGUUUUGAUAGAAAAUGCUAAUUUAAAAAAUGCAUCUCUCACAGUUGCCUCCCCGUCAAACUGUGUGAAACUCGCCAAGCUGUGUGGAUCAGAGCUCCAAGUUGUGCUUAUCGGGCCUGUGCAAGAUUGUUGACCAAGACUGGGAAGGGAUCGGAUGUAGAGUCUUACUUUUCAAUAUAUCUGAGAAAUAGGGUGACUUUUUAAUGUGAAAGUAAUUAUUGUAAGGAAAAACAGAUCUAAUUGUUCCAUGCGUAUUUUAUUUAUGAUAGCUUAGAAGUCACAUUUUGAUGGAAAUGAACAGCCGUGUGUUCAUUUCAGCUGAAGAUGCAUUGUUGGUACCACAAAGCAUGCCCACAUGGAUUGAAUCUGGAAUCCACUCACGUUUUUAUGAUCAUGGACUGAUCAGCUUUGCAAAUACUUUCUUAUGGGUGAAAUAGGCCUAUUUUUGCUAUUUUGGACAGAUAGACGAGUCUAUAUGUGCAGGUCCUUACACAGUUUUCUCUGACGCGAAGUUAGGACAAUCCUCCCAUGAGGGUGUAGUUCCGUGCCCUCCCUCCGCUGACUGCAGACAUGGAGGGGAAGGAAUGGCCUUUCCUUUUUUUCGUUUUUUUAAAAAAGCACCAUCUUGGUUCUUAGCUUGGACAGCACCUUUAAACUCUGCCCCACUACAGCCAAGUGCACUUUAGUGCCCCUUCACAAUACCUCGUGAGGGGUGGGGGGCUGAGAACUUUUUGAGAUUUAACAAAAAGUUAAAAAUAAUACUAAAUCUGUAACUACUAUAAGGUUCAUAUAAUUACUAUAGAGGAAUCGUCCAGUAACUUUGUGAAGAUGAAAACAAAAUGACAUAUUUUCCUUCGCCGCUGAGGACUUCACUCAGUAAAAGCAGAGGAGGCUGAGAAAACGAGGAAGACACACGCUCAGUAACCAGCCUUUUCUACCGCGAGAUCAAUCCAUCUCAGCAAAUCAAGCAUAUGAUGAGAUUUCCACUUAGUGAUGAGCCAAUUGAAGGGGGGGGGGCCUCUACCCACAUAUUCAACUAGGCCUUACUUUUCUGAAGCAUUUUGAUUUCUCCUGCCUGAGACAACUCGCAGAACAGUCUGGAAUGCAUUGAAUCCUCUUGAAUUACCUCAUGUUCGCUUAUUAAAAGGGUGCAGAUAGAAAGAAAACAUACUCCCCCACCACCACCACCACCACCACCUUUCUUAUCUGCACUGGGUCCACUGGAGGACUUCUGAGAUCCCAUUUUCUGUAAACGGAGUGGAGUCAACAGCAGGUUCUACUUUGUCAUUUCAAUGCAACGACUAUGCUAAACCUGUUUUGCAGUUUUGCCUGUCUGAUGUUAUAUCAUGAUCACAUGUUUUAUGACUAUUUGAUUGUAGACAUGCCUUGCUUUUCAGUGACUGCAUUGCGAUUAUUUUUAAGUCUUGUAUAUCAGGAUUUUGAUAAAUUGAGAUCUAAACAGACUGUAGAUCUAAAUCCCUUUAAAAGAAUGUUUUCAUUAAUUGAACCUAAAAUGUUUAAUCUAGACCAAGCCCUCCAGUGGAAAAGUUUCUACUAAAAUUUGAUUUGGGGUGAACAUGUUUAUGCGGCAGCUCUUUGGCCGUGUGGUUGGUUCCGGCCCCUUCUCUCCCCAAGACUGGGCCAAAUUCACAAUCAUCAGUAUGGACAGUAACAGAGCUUUGGGUCUACCCUAGUAGGAAGCACUGAGAGGCAGGGACUGUUGCUCUUGAGAAAUGGAGGCCUUGGGCUAAUCAGAUGGUGGUAUUGCUGUUUUCAAUCUACCGUUUAUAGUUGUAAGGCCGGAUCCCUAAGUUUUAUCUCCAUGCAGACACAAUCUAAAGACCAUAAGCUCAAGUGACAAGGGUUACUCCCUCAUUCGGUACAUAAAAGCAUCAUGUGUACCACAUUUGCUGGACCAUCAGAAGCACUCAGAGGUCUUUCUUGGGAGACAGAGUGAGGGGGGAGUAGAGAACAGGCGAUCCUUGCUGGGGCAGAGUUGAAGGACAGAAUGACAGGGUAGUCUUUGAAAGGAUCGAUAAUUGGUUUUGUUCAGCUUUAUUUUCAGUCUACUUGUUCCUGUGUGAGGAACUGUGGUAAGGCCAAGGCUAAAGAGCACUUGGUUGCUUGUUGAAAGUCAGUGGUUCAAGCCCACCAACCUCUCUGCAGAAGAAAGACGUGGCAUGUGGCUUCUGUAAAGAUUUACAGCCUUAGAAACGUUAUGGGACAGUUUUAAGAUGUCCUAAAAAAUUCAAGGCCAGACAGUAUUUUGUUCUGUUGUACAUAGGGUUGGUGAGUCAGAGCCAACUCCAGGGCGCCCCAUAGGGUUGUAGUGAGUUCACAUCAAUGUUACAGCAGUGGGUUGGGUGUUUGGUCUAGGUUUGCCUAGGUCACUGCUUUGGGGCUUCAUUGCCCAAAGAAUCUUAACAUGAAACCUGGCAAACAAAUGAACAAACAAACCAGAGUGUCUUCCUUUUCCCGUCCAAUCCGAGUCGAAAGUCAUUGCACUACUUAAAAUCAUUAGCCUUCCCACCAGGACAGCUACUGUUCCAGGUUUUCAUAUACAUAGCCUUCAUCCGAAUUGUCUCCCGCAAAUUACAUACACAGACUCCCUAUUAAAACACCCACAUAUCCCUAACGUGCAUAUGCAUAGAGGCAAACAAGUACACCAUACAUUGAAAGAUAACACAUUUUAGACCAUGGGCAAUCAUGACUAUUGCAUUUUUUAAUUCUAGAAUGCUGUUGGGUUUUAUGGUUUGAAAAUACUGGGUCAAAGUCAUAAAUCAUACUAAUGAUGGAAUUCUUUCAUCGUUACCUUUUUCCCGGAAAAGUUGAGAGAGCAUAGCAUUCUUUUUUUUCUUUUCUUUUUGGUUUGGCCUUUCUAAUAAUAGCCUUUCUAUUCAUCAAAAACUGCCCACAUGCCAGGAAAGCACUACAGUUAGCUGCAGUUAUUCUAAGCUUUUUUUAAAAAACGGGGAUGAAGCUAGAUGCAGACAGUUAGGGUACUAAAGAUCUUUCUAUCAAGACAGUGGCCUGGCCUGCAGCUGUUGUGUUGCUCCCAUACUAUAUCCAAUCAAAUUAUAGUCUCUCUUGACACACAGCUUUUUAGCCAUUCACUGUCAAUUGGCAAAGCUUCGAGCUCCAGUCCCUGUUAUUUUAGCACCAGCCCUAUACCUUUUAAUAGGGCUUACUUCUCACUUAUAAUCGGAGCCAAAUUGAUCUGCAAGCCAAGUGACUGCAGCAGCUUGCAUCCUCUUUGUCAUUCUCAAUUUCCUCUGGGAGAAGAAGUCAAUGAAAGAGAUUGACUCAAAUCUGCUACCCUCACCCCAUCCUCCAACCCAGGAUCUCUGCUUAAGAUGUAAGUCAUAUCUGUUUGUCUAUGUCUAUUAAUUCAUUGGAUGAUACAGUCCGUUUUUGACAGUCAACCAUGUCUUUAUGGUGAAACUAUAUUUUUUCCGCCAGUGUGCUAUGCACACACGAAAUGCAGAAGACCUGUUUAUUAGAGCGGUCGUAUCUUCACAAUCAUACCCGGCCCAGCAGCCCAGCAGCAACACCUCUGCCCAACUGCCCACCACAUAGUACUGGUCACAUGACCCUCUAGGGACAAAGCGAUUAAGCUAAGCGAUCCUAUUCCUGAAAUGUUUACACUCAGGAACAGGGGACUUUGAGGCAAAAUCCUGGUUUGGUGGUCAUUAAAUGGGAAAAAUAUAUUGUGAAUUAUUUCUUAUAAGUUGAUAUACGGUUUUUAAAAUUUCUAAUACUCUGGUGUAAGUCAAUAACCUUUCGAGUCUUCAAAUUUUGUCAAGUAGUGACUCUUUCUUUUAACAAGUAUUUCUUGAAUAACUGCUGUGUUAGAUCUGUCUUAGAUGAUCGAAGGAGUAGGGGGAGCCAAACCAGUUUUCAAGAUGGUGAUGGUGACGAUAAUAGUAAUGGUGAUGAUGCUGACAGGUGGCAUGGAAUAACUACGGAAGCUUCAUUUAAUUCUUUGAAUACGUGCUUUUAUAAAGUGAAACUGGAAAGGCUGGCAUCAAUUCUUGUUAUAUGCAAGCUGCAGCUCAAAAGACAUUUCUUUGUCCAAAAUUAAUAGAACUCAUUGGAUCCUCCUUCAUCCUCUCCCUCCUGGCUGAAAUGUAUUCAUCGAAUCAGAGCUUGACGUAGACUGAGCCAACUGAAAAUGAUUUUCACCUGAUGGCAACUUCAAAGAUCUACAUAGGUGAUAUUAAAUUUAUAUCAGCAAACUCCUAUCAGACACUCAAAAGCAGGCGUACCUCAUGUAUACAAGGAAAGAUUUCAGGAAACCUCUGAAACAACAGUAUGGGACACAAUCCCUCUGGAUUCUGUUUCUAGAAAGCCUAACAAUAUAGCAAAACCCUUGGUCCAACCUCCCAAGGCAGGUCACCUUGAAGCAGGUAUAAAACAAAGAAGCCGGUCCACACCCUCACCUUUGACUGGGGAUCCAAGCUAUCGAAUUAACCCGGGUGGAGAAUUGACAUUCUCAAGGUCAACAGGAGACUUUAUUUGUUAAAAGGUGCCCGGGAGCCUGUCGUUUCUCCCAAAUAACAGAAUUUCUCUUUCCAGUGCUGUCUGCUUCUUGGUCUCUCGUGGAGCCUGCAGUCUUGUGUCAUUGUUACAGUCCGUGCAUAAAUUCCUAACUCAAUGAAAAGCCCGGUUGUGCUUCCCAAUGUGAAAUUUGACUGUCGAUUGGAAUUGGGGUUGUCUGCUCUCUCCUGAAACCAACAGUGAGGGCUUCAAGCCUUGAUUCCUAUUAGGUUCCAAUACACAUUGGCAGUUUCUGAUUGCAUUGCUUGCUUGCUUGCUUUCUCCGUGUUCUGCUACUUGUGCUAGAGAAACAGAAAUGCCUAGACCAGAAUGCCACGCUUUGCACAGACAGCACAGCGCAUCAGAUGAUGUCUGUUGCAUUAAGGAACUUCAUUGAUUUGACUUAACUAAAUAUUGGCAAUUUGAAAACUCACUGGAAUGAUGGAAAUGUGAUGGUUGGGUCAGUGUAUUGCUAAACAGAGUUACCUAGGAACUAUUAAAGGGUUUGGCAAAGCUGGGCUAUGUCUUAGACUAUAAACCUAGAAUCACAAAUAGCCCCAAACCGAGAAAAGGCAGUCGAUGUGGACACGCUAAUGGCCCAAGUGGUGUUCACAUCUACUGCCACACAUCGAUGUCCACUACAUUUUACUAUCUUGAAACAACAUCAAAAAUUAAAACACAAACUACCAGAUGCUAGAGAGAAACUGUUGCAAAGAAAUUCUAACCAUGUGUUUUAUUAAAGCGAUGAUCGUUGACGAGGAUUCUUAACGAAAAGUGAGGCAUUAGGAGUAUACCAGAGCUCUAGUUUAAUAUUUUAAUCUGCCAUAUCUGUGCAUGCAUCAUGAUUCUUUCAAAUAGUAACUUCUCAGUAUUAAUUUUGAAUACUUGUAAUAUUUCAGGCUAGUUUUGUGGAGUGCUCUUUAAACUAAAGACACCCUUCCUCACCACUAUAGGCAUGUUAUUUGCUUGUCGUCUCUAUAGUUUAAAAUUAAAAGGUUGCUAGGGGUUGCAUUUCACGGACAUCUUGGCGUUCCUCUCAGUUGGUCUGUCUGGUUAGAAAAUGACACGUCUUUGCUUUUGUGUCCUGAGGGUGGUGCUUCAGGCAGAAGGACGGAAGGUAGGAAGGUGCAUGCAAGUAGAUCCAAAGUCUAAACCAGAAUGUCUUCUCCUUGUCUUUUGUAUGAAGAUGUGUACAAUCUUGUUAAUGAGUAGCCUGAAAUCUCAAUAAAUAUAGAUCCUUGUUAUAGUCAUGGGAAAUGAACGAGUUGCAAAGAUUCAAGUCAUGUUGAAGACGACUUUCUUUUCUCUCGUGAUCAGUUCGGACGUAUUAACUUUGCACUUGCACAAUUCAGUAGCAUCCUCUCUCCUGUGCCACUUAGCUCAUAAAAGUUUCUGGCAGGAAUAAAGUGUCAAAGAAAUAUGAUAGAAUUUAUCGUAAACAAUAUUUGUGUUCAGUACACACUAGUGACACAAGUCCGUCCUUGUAUAAACAUGGUGGCGGCCCAGUCAGCUCUGUUCUGGUGACCUAAGUGAGGCCCUUUAAAUACUUUAAGGUAAUUGUUAUUGACUGGAAGAAGCUAACAGAAAACAAAUUUAUGGUAGAAUGAGCCUUUUCUUUGUCUAAGUUAGUGUAUGUGACCUGGUUGGAUCUUGUUAGAAUUUUGGAAUAGCUUCUUGAUUGGGUAUACUUUUCCUUUCUUUGUUGACUUUCUUCCAGUGUUGUUUUUGUCGUUGUUGUUGUUGUUGUUUGUCUGGGUUGGGAUUAUCUUGAAAGUUAUUUAUUAAAGAGCAUUUGGGAGGAAAUUAAUUUAGUAAACAGCUCUUUAAAUAUUUUCUAGGACAUUUCAUUACCAGAGCUAUGCGUCACGUUUUACUGUUUCAUGGGGUAAGAACUGUUUAUACUCCUUGCCAAGAGAGAAGGCUUCUAAUGUUGUUUUAUUGUUGUCUCUUCUUAGGGGACAUAGAAAAAAGGAAUAUGAAAUUUUUAAUUUUGUAGCACAUUUUAUCCAAUUUUUUAUCUUCCUUUAUAUUUUACCAAGAUUUCCCCUACCUGAGGCCUUUUGUCUUUAAAAUAAAUUCAAAUGCAUGUAUUCUGUGUUCCAAGAGAAUGAAAUAAAACCCAAAUUGAAACUCUCUUAAAGAGGAAAAAUCUAAUCUCUGUACCCAGUCACUACACUGCCUGGAUUCAAGGAUAUAUGUACUAUUUAUAGAGUGUUGGAUCCUUCCAUAAUUUAAUGGUAUCUAAAUAAUAUCUGGAUUUCAGAGAUUUUUAAAGUUUGGUCAAACGGAAUUGUUUUCUUUAUACCACAGUCAAGUAGAAUCCAUUGCCAAAGGUUACUGUCUGGAUUCUGGUUCCUUCGACAAUAGUCAUGCCAAAGGGGUAUCUCAGAAUAGCUUAAACUUCUCAAGGAGGGUCACUGGCUCCCUGUGUGUGCAAAGUGUACAGUUGGAAAAUAAUGCAUUCUUUAAAAUCUAUAGUUCUAAGACUAGACAAGCUCUCCAGAGGUCAUCUGACUCAUCCAUCUACCUCCAGGGAGGACUGUUGCCCAGGCAUACCCAACAGGAUACUCAUCUAUUCUAAGCAUCUCCAGGGAAAGUGGUUUCCUUGGCAACCCAAUCCAGUUUUCUUAGGUUUUUUUCUCACAAUAAGAAAAUAUCUUGGCCAGUGUUUGUGGGUUAAGCACCUGGCAACCGUCGUGGUAAUUUGGACCAUUGUACUAAGAAACUCCAGGAAAGUUGGAUCCCCUCCUACCUUUGGUGAUUAUUACAUUGAGGAUUCCACACGCCCCCGGGGAAAUCUGAGCUUUUACUAAAGAUGUGGGUAUUGGCACAGUGCUCGACAAGGAUGGCACAACACUGCUUUCCACAAACACGCUGUGGUGGUUUUCAUUCUAAUGGCUGUGCUUUUUGUCAUUGCUGAUUUUUGUUUUGUUUUUUUCUGAGUGGAGGUAAUUUGAGAAAAAGGUGACUGCUUCAAAUCCCCAGUGACAAGCAUAACUUCAGGACCAGGAUUCAGUGACUUGACUUUUACACUGUUCAAUUUUCUUCUGAGAAGUUACGAUGGCAAAAAGCAAGCAUCUGCUGCCUUCUGCUUCUAAAUAAGUACCUUCUCGUUCAUCUUGCUUUAGCCUAAAAUGACAAACAAGAUUCUAAAGCCCACCCCCCUCCCCCUUCCAGGGGAGAAUCUGACGUGGAAUUAAAAAUGACUCCAGAGACUUACUCAGCCACCGUUUGAUCCCGGCCUUUGUCCCCAUGUUAGCUAAACAAUGGCAGCUUGCUUUCUCAGGGAUCAGAAAGAUGAUUUCUAAAAUUUGUCAUCUUGACAAGGCCUGAAAACGAAAGGAGGAGUCCUGGAGAGUGGUGAUAUUUUUCUGAUCACAUCACUCAAUAUGAGCCUGCCUCCUGCCUCCGGCCCCUCCUCCUCCACAGUUUUCAGAGCCUGCUCCACUUGCUUGGACUUGAUGCAACCCGGCAGCAGAAGAAACCGGACGAUGAGGAGCACCUCCCAAAUCCAUGUUUCCUUUCUUUAUGGGAUGUUUUACAACCGUGGUGCAGUGCAGCUGUGCAUCUCCCCAACUCCAAUGGCCUGGUGACAUCACAGCCGCAUCUGAUGUGGUUGACCUUCACAAACUGCACUCGGGGGAAAUGAUCCUCCUCACUUUAACAACAGAAAAAGUUACAGAAUGCUAGUGUAAAGAAUGUUGAAUCAUUUGGCCCACGUUUUAAUCUACUUUAGCACCUCUAUGAAAAUAAGUCUGAAGCGUAGUUCGUGAAACAUGUUUCAAAAGUGUUUGAUGUAAAAUAAUCGCUAGACAUUUACAGUGCAGAAAUAGUAUAAAUAAAUAAAAAGUUAAAACUGUAGAUUACAACAAUGUUCCUAAGAACGUCAGCUUUGGCUGUGUCUUAGUAAAGUUGACCCGCUUUCCUUUUUUCAGUUUAUUGCAUUUCUGGUGUAAUAGCCUCUUAAGGUAGAACUAUGAACACAUAUCUACUGCUAAUGCCUGUUAAUGCAGACAAUGGCCCUUUGCUGUUUCCAUGUGCCCCACCCCACCCCCGAGUGUCACAGGGUCUACCAAUUGGAUUAAAAAAAAGUCAGUUGGCAUUGAUCAA